UAGAGCAAGCUUCAGAUGUUCCUCGCUCCUGAAGAAGGUAACGCUCAUGCAGUGAUGCUGUACACGUGGCGAUGCUGUUCCCGCGCUAUACCGCAGCCGAGGUCUAACGAGCAGCCGGACAGAGUGCACAUAUACGAGAGGACCGUCCAGGUGCUGGCGCCCGAGGUCGACAAGCUGCUGCAGUUCAUGUACUUUCAGCGCAAAGCAAUAGAGCGCUUCUGCGGCGAGGUCAGACGACUCUGUCACGCGGAGAAGCGACGCGACUUCGUGUCAGAAGCUUACCUUCUGACUUUAGGCAAGUUUGUCAAUAUGUUCGCCGUGUUAGACGAGCUGAAGAACAUGAAGAGUUCUGUGAAGAAUGAUUAUUCUACUUAUAGGAGAGCGGCCCAAUUCCUAAAGGUGAUGUCAGACAGCCAGAGUUUACAAGAAUCACAGAAUCUAUCCAUGUUUUUAGCGACACAGAAUAAAAUACGCGACACUGUGAAAGAUGCCUUGGAGAAGAUUAAUGGUUAUGAAGAACUUUUGGCCGACGUGGUCAACAUAUGCGUGCAUAUGUUCGAAACUAAAAUGUAUCUUACGCCCUCUGAGAAACAUAUGCUGGUCAAGGUAAUGGGUUUCGGCCUGUUUUUGAUGGAUUCUGAAGUUUGCAACAUUAACAGACUUGAUCAGAAGAAAAAGAUUCGUUUGGAUCGUAUCGAUAGAAUAUUCAAGAAUUUGGAAGUGGUACCUCUAUUCGGUGAUAUGCAAAUCGCACCGUUCAACUAUAUUAAGCGGUCGAAACAUUAUGAUCCGAGCAAAUGGCCGCUAUCAUCCAACUCCAACCCGCCGUCUCCCCAAGCUGACCUGAUGGUCCACCUGCCCCAAAUACGAGAGGAACAUCAGAACUACAUCUCCGAGCUCGCUAGAUAUAGCAACGAGGUGACAACAACAUUCAAAGAAGCCGGUUCAGACACUGAAAAUAAGGCCGUCACAGAACUGUGCCUCCGAGGCUUACAGCUCCUAUCUUCAUGGUGUUCAGUAUUGACUGAACUGUGUUCAUGGAAACUGCUGCAUCCGACUGAUCAUGCGAGUAACCCGCGCUGUCCGGCUGAUGCUGAGGAGUAUGAGAGGGCAACCCGCUACAACUACACCUCAGAAGAGAAAUUCGCCAUGAUAGAAGUAAUAGCCAUGAUCAAGGGGCUGCAGGUGCUCAUGGCUCGCAUGGAGACGGUGUUCGCUGACGCAGCCAGGCGGUCCAUCUAUGCGGAACUGCAGGACUUCGUGCAGCUCAUGCUGAGAGAGCCGCUCAGGAAGGCCAUUAAGAACAAGAAGGAUCUCAUACGCAGUAUAAUAGUAUCAGUUCGUGAAACUUGCGGUGAUUGGGCGCGCGGCUGUGAACCGCAACAGGAUCCGGCGCUGCGAGGGAAGAAGGAUGGAGAAGCUAGUUUCACUAUCAAAGUGCCUAGGCGGAAUGUUGGGCCAUCAUCCACCCAGCUAUACAUGGUGCGAACACAGCUCGAAGCGCUGAUCUCCGACAAGUCUGGUGGACGUCGGACCUUACGUAAAGAUUUAGACGCAGGCACACUGACGCAGAUAGAGACAUUCCAUCGUCUGAGCUUCUACUGGGGAUACCUGCUGAAUUUGAGUGAUUCUCUACAAAAAUGCUGCGAUCUAUCUCAACUUUGGUACAGAGAGUUCUACUUGGAAAUGACUAUGGGACGCAAAGUUAACAAAUGCAUGGUCCGCCAUCAGCACAACGAGGAGUGUAAUGACCUGAUAACCAUGGAGAAACGCAUACAGUUCCCCAUAGAGAUGUCUAUGCCAUGGAUCCUGACUGACCACAUACUGAGGACUAAAGAACCCGCUAUGAUGGAAUACGUGCUCUACCCACUAGAUCUCUACAACGAUUCGGCUCAAUACGCGCUGACAGUGUUCCGCAAGCAGUUUCUAUACGACGAAGUGGAAGCGGAAGUCAAUCUGUGCUUCGACCAGUUCGUGUACAAGCUUUCUGAACAGGUGUACGCGCAUUUCAAACAGUUGGCCAGCAGGUGUACGCGCAUUACAAACAGCUGGCCAGCAGUUAGCAAGCAGUUUCUAUACGACGAAGUGGAAGCCGAAGUCAAUCUGUGCUUCGACCAGUUCGUGUACAAGCUCUCCGAACAGGUGUACGCGCAUUACAAACAGCUGGCCAGCAGGUGA